AACGCACGAACGCGUUCAAGUUCAUACGAGUGUGGUCUCCUGCACCAUUACAGUCAAAUCCCUACAUACGACUCACUGUAACCUCCCGGUUGGAUCACUGUGGAUGAUGGCUACAAAAAGCCCUCUCGCAGAUGCACUCCUUGCGCUGCCGGUUGAAGCAGAAGAUCUGGCGACGCACGGUCCAUAUAGCCAGGAGGUCCAUAGCAGGAUGACCACGGAGAUUUCAAGGCUAGAGCUCAGACUAGAAAAACUGAAGAGGAUGGCCAAUGCGAUUCUUCCCAUGCACACGCUACCCGUCGAGACCCUCGUCGACGUGUUUCGUUUUGCUACCAGUAGCAUGGCGCAAAUCAGUACGGCCCCAUGGAUAUCUCAGACUAUGGGUGUCUGUCGGUAUUGGAGGGACAUCUUAUCCCAAACACCUCUCUUCUGGACCACCGUCGACCUCUCGUGGAACGUGCAUUUUCUCCGGCUCUGUCUCGCACGCUCGGCGAACGCAAACCUGAAGCUCAACCUACUGCACAACCACAUACGGCACAAUAUGCCAUCAGGCCAUACCUCCAUAUUGCAGUUCACCCUGGCCUAUCUCUCAGUCGCUCCCCUCCUUGCGCAAUAUCGAUCGCAGGUCUCUGAUCUCGUUAUUCGGACUUCUAGGCCUGGGCUGACACCAGAUUCCAUAUCGGCGCCCUAUGCGGAAGUGCUCAAGCACAUCAUCUCUGAAUAUUACCCCGUGUUGACUACGAUGUCCGUGGGUGCUCAUUUUAGCGGACUUGCACUAUCUGUGAAUGACACGGCGCCGAACCUCCGACGCAUCGAGUAUAGCGGUCUCGCCCUGUACAUCGCGCAUUUGCCUUGGUCACGUCUGACAUCGAUAUCGCUUUGCGACGUUACCUUCGUCGAUCACCAAGGAUCCAGAGCCCCGGCGCUCGCCGACCUCUUGGACGUACUAGAGCUGUGCACGUCCCUGGAGGAGCUCAAGCUCUACAAAUGGGAGCCUAGUCCUUGGUCAGAGCGGGUAGUCGACCCAGGCACUACCGUGUCUCUGCCACACAUGCAGAGCCUUCGCAUGUCCGGCGGCGCACCUGAUCUCUCUGCGAUCACACAUCAUCUCUCCCUACCACCGAGCGCUCGCCUCGCGCUGCAAGCGCACUCUGUUGACGAGUGUCAUUCGGUGCUGCGUUCAGUCCUACCAUCUAACCCCGAGUCCAUUGCUUGUAUCCGGGAGAUGCGGCACGUACUGCUGUGGUCCACCUCCACUAGGUUCGUUGCCUACGCGGACAUCGAUCGCACGCAAUUCUGGGACUCGCGAUCAUGGAGGGCCGUCGACUUCAACCCCCCUUGGUUCGUCGAGCAACUGCCUCUCAUACCACAGCUCUACAUGUCAUGUCGCAUGAUGCCCGUCCAUCAACAUGCUGAUACCUACCACCACGGCUUCCAGACAGUCAUCGGUGAACUUAGUGAUGGCUUUUUCGACGCAUCGUCUGUUCGGACGCUCGUCUUCUACGGACCCAUGGCGAUCGUCAAUCCACGCGACUGGAUGCAACUCUUGGCUGCCUACCCAAACAUCGAGUGUCUCGAGGUCCUCUCGGACAGGACAGGCAAUGACAUGUGCGAUUUCAUCUUCACUCUCGCGCCAACCCCUGCCGGGGUCCCCUGCCCGCAGUUGCGCGAGCUCUUUGUGCAAUGCGAUCCAUCCGCAGACUUUGCCGACGGGUCCAUGAUGCUGGAUUGUCUCCUCUCGACGCUGCAAGAGCGCGAUGAGGGAGGUACUCGUUUGAAGACUCUUGGUCUCAACCUCGUAGUCCGCCCAGACAUUGAUGCCGAGAACGACCCAAUCCUCGCGCGCUGGGUUGAAGAUGCCACUGGCACUACCUCCCAUCAGCUCCCUGACGAACACGAUGCCAUCCAGAGAGGCCUACAGUCUCUGGUAGACUCGUUCACCGUACACAUCAGCCGAGCACAGAGGGUGGUGGUGGACUCAGACGAUGAACAGGAUUGAAGGGGGGCAGGCUUGCAACUUUCUUGUGAUCGAUUCGGACCCUCGAC